UAGUCUUUAAUCACCGGGAUGAUUUGCAUAAAAUAGUUUGUUUGCUACUAGGUGGACAACUCCAUAAAACCUUUUUAAGAGUAUAAAGACACGAAACUAACUCAGAUGAGAGAAAAAUGAGAGCACUAUUAUCUCUUCAUGAGAGUGAUAAAUCAUAGCGAUUACGUCCAAAUACUAAGGCAACGAAAAAGAACUCUCCAGAAUAAAACAAACAAAAUGACCCGUAUAUGGAAAUACAAAAAUCUAUUGUCCAAAACAACAACAAAAUCUGUUGAAUAUACAAAAAAAAAAAGUUCAGGAUCAGUUGAAAUUGCCAAAUUUGGAAUGUGAAAAUUACAUGUAAAAUUAGAACAAAUUUAAGAAUUAGAGUAAUCGCUCGUUCGAAUUUCUGGCUUCCCCACAACCUAGCUUAAGCUAACCGCAUUUUCUUCAACAUAUCCACAAACUUAAUUGUUCUGAAAGUGUGCCACCAGUUUGUGGCGGUAGAGAUGGAACUGGGCAAAUGAGAUCUUUGCCUGAACAAUAGAGACUCUACUCGUGCCUCUUCCUUUUCUCCUACCUACUUCUUUAAUUUGGUGUGGUAGCUAGCUUUUGAUGGUACACUGUGUUGCACAUCUAUCCUUGCCAUUUCCGAGAUCCGUAGCCUGUGCAGGAGACAUCAAACCCUGAAUCUGGCAUUUCAUACCUAGAUAGAUAGAUAGAUAGAUAGAUAGAUAGAAAAGCUCUUGCAAGUCUCCCUUAGCCAACACAUUCUCCUUAUUUGGUUUCCCAAGAACUGAUUCUGCUGGCUGAACAAGUGAGUUGGACUCUGGUUCCCUUUGACUUGUCCAGGAAAAAUUAGCGUGGAUCCAUCAGCCAGGAUUAUAUACGUAUGCAGCUAUGAAUUCCCUGCGAAAGAUGUGAAAUGUUGGGCAGGAAAACGAUCGACCAAGUUUCCUCAAUUUGAUAUAUAUUCAAUAUCUCCACUAUCGGCUGGGAACUCGUCGGAGGUUUCAAGUGUGACAAAUUGACAAUGAAGGCUAGCGAUCGCUUUCCGCACGAACGAGAUCGGCGGCCAUGUCAGCCUCUGCAAUAUUUCUUUAUUCUCUGGGAUUCCUUUUGUCUGCCCAUUUGCUCCUCUACUCAGUGAAAUGGACUUCCCAAAAUAGACCACCUCCCUACUUAUUUACCGAUCCCGUCCGCUAAUCGCUCCUUGAGAAAAAAAAAAAAAAAAACUUGCUUCUGUCUGCCAAAAUAAGAGAAACGAACGAGGAAAUAUAUAAAUAAUGGAUUGCGUCGUUAUACGCUUGUAGUUAGGUCUAACUGAAAACAAUUGUAACAUUUUCUGCGACUUUGUUGAGAACGACACUAUAGUUGGUUUGUGAAAUUGUAUCGGACAAUUUAGUGUAAUGAUAUUUUAGUUGUACAAUUGAUAGUAAAUUAAUGUAAUAUUAUUGUUAAAAUAAAAACUAAUAUUAUAUUGGUGUACGAAUAAGGGUUUGGUAAUAAUACCACUAGUUUUGAAAUUGGAGAUUUUAAGUUCGACUCUCUUAAUUAGUACCUUAACCACAAAAAAAACCUAUCUCACCCUUAUAUAUAACAAAAUUAUAUUAUGUUGGUGAAUAUCAUUGAAACCGAAUUGCAUUAUGGCAAUUAAAAAAUUAAUUGUAAAAUCGAUCUAUAUGAUUUUCAUAAUAUUUGUAUUUUGUACAAGUUUGAUUGACGGUUAACGAGUUUUAUAGUGUGACUAACAUACAAUACCUAUGAUAUAAUAAUGAUUUGGUCUCUAUAUGCAAUUGAAAAUAGUGUACCUUAAAUGAUAUGACAUUUUGAUAUAUUUCGAAGAAAAUUGAACAAUCAGAACUGUUAAUUUUUUCUUACCAUACUCCAAACUAUAAUUAAUUCAUAGUUUAGAUUGUAUAUGAUUAUUAUGAUCACUUGGAGUACCGUACUCCAAAAGUAUAACAAUCAGACUCACUACAUGAUUUGGUCUUCGGUACACUCAAUUUAUUGGCACAUUCAUUUUAUAAUGAUGUCGAUAUUCACUUGUGAGAUGAAUAUGAUGAACAAGAAAAUGCAUGAACUUGCACAUAAAUCAUUAAAGUUUUAUUUUGAUUUGAAGGAUUCCAAGAUUUUGGGAUUUGAAUGUAAAAUUCAAGACUUAUGAUAGUCCAUGAAUUAGUUGUGAUCUUAUACUAUAUAAUCAUAUUGAAAUAAUGAUGGCAAAUAAAGUUCAAAAUGCAAUAUCUUAAUGUUAGUUUUAGGAUUAAGGGCAUAUUAUACACUCAUAUAUAUCUUGAGUUUACAGUAGAAGCCACUUAUAUGAUUUAACUAUUAUUUGAUUUAGAAUUUGUGACUUGGCAUGGCCCAUGCUUGAUGGGUGGAGAGGCUUCCAUGACCAUGAGUGCGUUGGGCCUGUUAUUUCUGACCCAACCCAUGCCUCUGUAAAAUUGGGUAAUCGGCAAACAAAGGGAAGGGCGUGUCUUAACUCUUGAUCCCCACUCGCAAACUCGCCACCAUGCCUUCCCAACUCCUCGUCGACUCGUCCUCUCUUCCCUAUUCUUCAUACUGUGUCGCGUCUUCUUCUUCCGUCGGGAAUGCCAAUCAUCCUGAAUGGCGACUUACGCAUGUGUGCUUCUCGCACAGAGCUCUCUUCCAAUCGGCUAAAACAUGUCUUCUCCCACGAAUCAGCACGGUUGUGCGUAAUGCGAGGAGCGCCGACGGCGGAAGCAAGGGAGAUGGCAGGUGGAGCCUCAGUGGGCAAACAGCCCUUGUCACCGGCGGGACUCGCGGUAUUGGACGGGCCGUUGUGGAGGAAUUGGUGGGUCUUGGGGCCAAAGUGCAUACGUGCUGCAGGAAUGGGAGUGAGCUUAGGCAGUGCUUGGAGGAGUGGGAAGGCCUGCUGGGGUCUGGAAUCAGCGGCUCCCUCUGUGAUGUCUCUGUUGGUGAGAAAAGAGUUGAGCUUAUGAGAACAGUGUCCUCUGUCUUUGAUGGGAAGCUCAAUAUUCUCGUUAACAAUGUUGGGACGAAUAUUCGCAAGCCGAUGGAAGAGUUCACACCAGAGGAAUUUGCUACUCUAAUGUCGACCAAUUUCGAAUCUGCUUUCCAUUUAAGCCAACUAGCUUAUCCACUUCUGAAGGCCUCAGGACAGGGAAGUGUUGUCUUCACUUCUUCUGUGACUGGUUUCCUGUCGUUGAAGUCGAUGUCUGUUCAUGGAGCAACGAAAGGAGCAAUCAAUCAAUUGACAAAGAGUUUGUCUUGCGAGUGGGCAAAGGACAACAUUAGAAGCAAUGCUGUUGCCCCAUGGUACAUCAAGACGUCCAUGGUGGAACAAGUUCUUAGCAAUGAAAAGUAUCUAGAGGAGGUAUACUCGAGAACUCCUCUGCGGCGGCUGGGAGACCCAACUGAGGUAUCAUCCCUGGUUGCAUUCCUUUGCCUGCCUGCCUCGUCUUAUAUCACCGGUCAGAUUAUUUGUGUCGAUGGAGGCAUGUCUGUUAAUGGUUUCUUCCCCAGCCAUUCUUAGAAGCUGCUACUAGUUUGGGUUCCUUACUUUUUUGGACCAAGAUUGUGGUUAGCAGAAGUAGCUUCCAUUCUGGGGCUGAGCCGGCUCUUGCCACCAAGUUCCAUUCUGGCUGCUAAUUUUUCUGUUUCCUUUCGAAUAGUAAUCAAUUGUAAAUCGAUUCAAAUUGGAUGAAUCAACGGACUGUAAGUUUCUUAUCCGACUUCCCUUAGCUGCGUACCAAGCUCUUAUGUGGUAAUUUUACGAAAUAUCACGUUUGGAUGAAUUAUAAUUAAUGGUAUUUACAAUCAAAUUUUUUAUUUUAUUUUACCAAUUUGUCAUUCUUAACCCCAUUUCUUUCUCGUUUGGUCAGCGUGUGUAUGCUUGGUCAACAUGCAUAUGUUUGAGUAUUAAUUUGUACUAAGUUUUAUAUGUUGUAUUAAUAUAAUAAUGUGUUUUUA